AUGGAGAAACAGUGGAUAACACCUCACCGUCCUCAGCACUCAUCCCGCUGGUCAUACCCAUUCAACAUCUUCAUCAUCGCUCUCAUCGCUCUCACAACAGCCUGGUACUCCCUCAACCUCACUCCCCUCCCUCUCUUCACCACCCGGGCAUCCAUCUGCCACACCCCUCUUCCACCAAUCCACGCCUACGGCCCGCUUGGGGACGACCACCCUGCCCUCCUCCGCGCUGGGAAACAACUCGAGCGUGCAAUCCAAUCCCGAUGGAAGAAAGGCACUAUAGACAGUAUCAACCUCGCUGUUGUCACCGCCCAUGGCUCUGUAUGGGAGAUCUCUCAAGGACCGUUGCGGCCCAACGAGACUGACCCGCUGGAACGAGGAGCCGUCGACCGGGAUUCGAUGUAUCGUAUCGCUUCUGUUUCCAAACUGUUCACAAUGGUGGAAACGCUCGUCUUGCAACAGAAAGGAGUGCUGAAAUUGGACGACCCCGUCACUCGAUUCUUCCCAAACUUCACCUACGUACCGUACGAGUGCCCUACCUCGACCUGUGUCCCAACAGAACCUAUCACCCUCCGGCAGCUCGCGUCCCACACCUCCGGUCUCGCGCGUGACCUUCCCGCUGGGAGCGCUACCAACUGGCCGCAUGAGCGAAGCGGGGGAGGGCCGCCGCCGAUCAACGACCUCCCCUUCCCUGACAGGGAUACGGUGCUCCAGUCGAUAGCCGCGACCCCGCUGGUAGCAGCGCCCUACACCGCGCCGAUCUAUUCCAACACCGCGUGGUCCUUGCUAGGCGCGUGUAACGUGCAGGCUAACAAGCUGUUUGGGGAGGACACAUCCCCCUCGACGCACUGGGAGCUCUUGGAGCGGGACGUCCUUGUCCCACUCGGUCUAAACGGCACGUCCUUCCUCGCAGCAGAGGAGCUCAAGCCGCGCAUCGCGGUCGGCUCGGCCUACCCGGGGGAAGUGGAACUCGAUUUCCUCGACUUUUCCAACCCUGCCGGAGGCCAGUUCUCUUCCCUGCACGACCUCGCCAAGCUCCUCACAUCCAUCCUCGACCCCAGCACGCCAGGCGCCGUCCUCACCCCUUACACGCUGAGGGAAUGGGUCCGCCCUAUGCACGCCUUUGGGGACGACAACAACGAGGUUGGCCUUGUGUGGGAGAUCAUGAAGUUCCAGGACUCGUACGGGACCCGACAGCGCAUCUAUCAGAAAUACGGGAACCUAGAGUCUUCCCAUGCGGCGAUUGCCAUCAAUGCGGAAGCCGGGUUUGGCGUGGCGCUGCUGACGACCUCCCCCCAGUCCCAGACGGCGCCCAUCAUCGAGGACGCGAUCAAGGCUUUCCAGCCUGCGUUCGACCGUCUCCGGCAGGAAAGGGCCAUGACCAUGUUUGGAGGCGCAUGGGAGCUCCCUCCUUCCCGGACUAGGAACGCGAGCGAAGCGAGGAUCUCGUUCAAGCAAGGGUCGCUCUGGCUCGAUCGGCUGAUCCUUAAUGGCACGGAUGCGCUGCAGUUGCUGGGGGGGAGAAAAGGCGCCAGUGGAAGAUUAUGGUGGACCGGCAGCGACCAAUUCCGCAUCGCCGUGGACCUUCCGGGGUACGAAGGCUGUUUGGGCCAGUGGGCCACAUUGGACGAGUAUGGACGAAAGCAGGGCUGGGCUAUCAAUUCCCUCGUCUUCAAAGGCCCGGCUUCGCACCGGUCGCUGCAUUUCCCAGCAGCAGCUCUCGCUCUAAGGCGGAAAUUGUAGCAUCCCUACUGAGAGGCCGAGGAGCAAUACAUGUAGUCCAAUGUUGUAGGAUAAGCUACUGCAUCGUGUGUUUUCCGGGUCAACAGCAGGCCGCGG